AGCAGCUUCUAUAAUAAGAACUCUCCGUGCGUUCCCCUCCUCCACGAUCGUGAGACUUGUCACCUAACCAAUAUUGUCGCUCGACUUUGACUGAUAAUGUUUAUAAAUACUGGGAUUUGACAUAUGUUACGUGAGCCAGCGGCAAGUCUGUGUUGGAGCCACGCGAGAUCUACCUGCCUCCGGUGACGCGCGCGCGAUGCACCUCGGAGCUAUGCCGUAAAUGUGAUAGAUCGUCGCCAAAGAGAAUUGGACGUUGAAGAAAGAGAGAGAAAGAGAAGGAAAAAAUGACAACUGGUCAGAGUGGACACGAUCAUUCUCUCGCUAUCAGACAAGAAAUACAGCGUUUCGAAAGCGUUCACCCUUCGAUAUACGCCAUUUACGAUCUGAUUGAGCUUGUGCCCGACGCGCACAUCGCCAAACAAAUUCGCGAGCAUGUUGUGGCGAUAGAAGAUUCCUUCGUUAACAGCCAUGAAUGGACAUUGGCGAGAAAUGUUCCCGAAUUACAUCUAGGGAUCAUUGGUUCCUCGGAUUCGGGGAAGUCGGCCCUCGUUCACAGAUAUCUCACUGGUUCGUUCAUGCAUGAGGAAUCACCAGAGGGUGGUCGCUUUAAAAAAGAAAUUUUCAUAAAUGAUCAGAGUUAUCUUCUCUUGAUUAGAGACGAGGGUGGAGUGCCAGAGACUCAAUUUUCAGCUUGGAUAGAUGCUUUACUACUUGUAUUCAGCUUAGAAAAUGAAGAGAGUUUUUCUGUGGUUUGCAGUUUUUACAAUAGAAUGUGUUCUUUCCGGAAUAUGUCAGAAGUACCAAAAAUACUUGUAGGUGUACAGGAUUCAAUUAACGACAGCAAUCCUCGUGUUAUAAAAGAUGUCAGACCACGAAAACUGGCUUGUGAUUUAAGAUGCCCUUAUUAUGAAACAUGUGCUAUUUAUGGUCUAAAUGUUGAGAGAGUAUUUCAAGAUGUGUGUCAGAAAAUCAUACAGAACGUAUCAGCAAAGAAUUUUUCAUGCGACGUGUGCCAACAUGCUCCAGAAAAUGAAGUUAAGUUUGCAGUCCCUGCUAUUACUAAAAAUAUGCAAAUACAUAACAAAGAUACAGAGACCACAAAUUCAUUGAAAGUAUUGGAAAAAGAUGGAAAUGAGGAUUGUCAAUCCAUUCAUAAUAGUUCAAAUGAUUCCUCAUUGCUGAACGAUAAUUUUCAUAACGUGCAGAAUCAACAUGGAGAACUGCGUUCGUCAAUUUUAACGCCAACAACAAUCAGAAAAUUUAGAAGAAAAUCGAAUAUAUUCACACCUUCUAAGAAGGAGAAGUAUAUGGGCGAAAUGGGUGUUGGUCGAGAAAUACCAGUGAAACAAGGUUAUUUGUUCAAACGAAGCAGCAAGUCGUUGAAAGAGUGGAAGAAGAAAUAUGUCACGUUAUUAGAGGAUGGUCGUUUGACAUAUCAUUCGAGUCUACAUGAUUAUAUGAAUGAUACUAAUGGGAAAGAAAUACUUUUGCAAUACGUUACUGUGAAGGUACCUGGUAAAACGCCAAAAGGUUCUAAAUCGUACAAUGCCCAAGACAGUUUCGAAUUUUCUAUCAUCUCCCUGGAAAACAAAACUUGGCACUUCGAGGCAAACAAUGCCGAGGAAAGGGACAGUUGGAUUACCGCAAUAGAACAGCAAAUACUAUCGAGCUUGCAAAAUAGCGAUGGCGACAAGAAAAAUGAAACUGAUGCCUUCAAGAUGCAUUGCAUAAAGAACAAAGUUUCAGGGAAUGACGCAUGUGUUGACUGUGGUGCGCCGAAUCCUGAUUGGGCCAGCCUUAAUUUAGGCGUUUUAAUGUGCAUUGAAUGCUCCGGAAUUCACAGAAACUUAGGUUCGCACAUAUCUAAGGUACGGUCUUUGGAUUUGGACGACUGGUCCGCAGGUCACCUAAGCGUUAUGCUAGCCCUCGGCAACGACAUAGCCAACAGUAUUUGGGAGUAUUGUUUAAAUGGAAAACAAAAACCUGUCUCGGAUUCAUCGAGGGAAGAGAAGGAGCAAUGGAUUAGAUGGAAGUACGAGGAAAAACUGUUCUUGCCGCCGAUUAAUCCUAAUAUCUCUUUAGGAAAAUUGCUCAUCGAUUCGGUUUGCCGGGGAGACAUGAGAGCGUUUACAUUAUGUUUGGCGCGUUGUAACUACGAGGACAUCAAUGUUUCGGUCAGUACGGAGGAUCUGCGAACGCCGUUGCAUUUGGCUUGCGCAACCGGCAAUUUAGCAAUGGCACAACUUUUAAUAUGGCAUAAGGCGAGUCCGCAAAAUCUAGAUCACGAAGGACGAACGUGCAUGUCAUACGUGCGAGCUCUGGAAAGAACGCUCGACAAUUCGUCGGACUCCAUGGAGAUGCAAAAGCUACUCGAAGUACUGGAACAAGCCACUGUCUCCGGGAUGGAUGAUGUCGACACAUCUCAGUAUUAAAGUUCAAAAAAAAGAUAUGCCUUAAUCACUCUGCCUGCAUUUUCCGUAAUAGGUUGUUGAUAACUGUGUACUUACUAUGAAAAAUCAAUGCUUCGUUCAACGACUUGCGAGAAAGAAAAAAAGCUUUUAAAUGACAUUUGUCUCAGACACCAAAGCAUUGAAAGAAAUUGGAUUAUAAUAAUGAUCAAUUCGUUAGCAUUAAUUUUAUAUCCUGUAAAAAAGUUUUUAUCGUGUAUAACAAACCCAUUUUAAUAUUCAAUUACGAAAUUCAUCUCGAAAUGAGUAAGGAAUUUUAAAAACAAUAUACUUUUGUACAUUGAAUCUAAUUCUUAAAAAAAAUAUAUAUAUAUACACUUUGCAAUACGAUAAUUUAAUAAGAUUUGUGUCAAUCACAGAGACUAAUAGCAUGCUCGAGUGUAUAUUGUCAAUGACUGAGAGUACAAACACUCAUAAAUGUAGUUAUAUUUAUACGUCUAAUACAUGUAACUGUAUUUGAA